CCUCCACCGGCGCGGGGGGGGGGGGUGGCAUCUCCCGGAGGGGCCCCGCCCCGCCGCCGCGGCCCCGCCCCGCCGCCGCUCAAGAUGGUGCGGGUGGCGGGCGUGCUGGGGCUCGUCAUGCUCUCGGUGGCGCUCCUCAUCCUCUCGCUCAUCAGUUAUGUGUCCCUCAAGAAGGAGAACGGCCCCGGGGGGCCCCGCGCCGGCCCCGCGCCCAGGAUGUACAUGUUCCAUGCGGGAUUCAGGUCGCAGUUUGCUCUCAAGUUCCUGGACCCGUCCUUCGUGCCCCUCACCAACUCGCUGAGCCAGGAGCUGCAGGACCAGCCCCCCAAGUGGACCUUCAACCGCACGGCCUUCUCCCGCCAGCGACAAGAAAUCCUUCAGCACGUUGAUGUCAUCAAGAACUUCUCGCUGACCAAGAGCAGCGUCCGCAUCGGCCAGCUGAUGCAUUACGACUACUCCAGCCAUAAGUACGUCUUCUCCAUCAGCAACAACUUCCGCUCGCUGCUCCCUGAGGUCUCGCCCAUCCUCCACAAGCACCACAACAUCUGUGCUGUCGUUGGCAACAGCGGGAUCCUGACCGGCAGCCAGUGCGGCCAAGAGAUCGAUCGAUCCGAUUUCGUUUUCCGUUGCAAUUUCGCUCCCACCGAGGCCUUCCAAAAAGACGUCGGAAGGAAAACCAACCUGACCACCUUCAACCCCAGCAUCCUGGAGAAAUACUACAACAACCUCUUGACCAUUCAAGACCGCAACAACUUCUUCUUGAGUUUGAAGAAGCUGGACGGCGCCAUCCUUUGGAUCCCCGCCUUCUUCUUCCACACGUCGGCCACGGUGACCAGAACGCUGGUUGACUUCUUUGUGGAGCACAGAGGACAGCUGAAGGUCCAGCUGGCUUGGCCGGGGAAUAUAAUGCAGCACGUCAACAGGUACUGGAAGAACAAGCACUUGUCUCCCAAGCGGCUGAGCACGGGUAUCCUCAUGUACACCCUCGCCUCGGCCAUCUGCGAGGAGAUCCACCUCUACGGCUUCUGGCCCUUCGGGUUCGACCCCAACACGCGGGAGGACCUCCCCUACCACUACUACGAUAAGAAGGGCACCAAGUUCACCACCAAGUGGCAGGAGUCCCACCAGCUGCCGGCAGAGUUCCAGCUGCUCUACAGGAUGCACGGUGAAGGACUGGCCAAGCUCACCUUGUCGCGUUGUGCCUAAGAACCUCCAUCUCCAAGUGCCAAACGAGCCUCUUGAAGAAAAGAAGUGCCCAAACCCGAAUUCAACAUCCUCCACAUCCAAUUCUAAAUCAAAACAAAACCCCAACCCCAUCCCACCCCGAGAUGUUUGCCGUGGUAGAAAGAUGCUUUUUGGUCCCCCUUGGCGCUGCUCAUCCAAGGGGUUUACGCCUAUUUAGCCGUGCAGAAUUCCGCGGACGCCAGCCAUGCGGCGGCAAAGUCGCCACCUUUUGCAUUUCUCGCUACGCAGCAGAGCCUGAUUUAAGGUAUUUUCCUCUUUUAGCGUUCCCGAAACGCCCCGAACCCCUUCAUCCCAUCGCCCCGUCCCCAUUAGAAUUAGAAACGCUAACUUGAAAGGCCUCGCUUCUCUUGUCUCCGUUGCUAUCGCUAGCUCCGCAGCCAUAUUUCGCCGUGGCCGGCUGAGGAAGCCGCUCGGAAUUCCGAAUCCAUCGUCACUUGCAAGUUUUUCAGCGUGGAUCCCAGUUUCCACCACUUGCCUAUUUUUGUAUUUACUGAAUUUUGCAUCUUUUUAAGGCGAACGGGACGAAGGAGGUCACCGUCUGGCUUCUACCUUCGCUGGGUGUUGAGAUCGGGGUCGGGAGACUGCGGAGUUUUGAUUCCAUUUGGGCCAAAUCCCAGUCCAAACUAGGCCGAAACGGGUUCGUUCCCAUUCCUUUUGGACUAAUUGUGCUUUUGAUUUUUACAGACUCAUGGAAUGGUUUGGGUUGGAAGGGACCUCCGAACCCAUCCAGUUCCAUGGGCAAGGCCACCUCCCAUUGGAUGAGGUCGCUCCAAGCCCUAUCCAAUCAGGCCUUGGUUGGAUACUGAACCUCUUCCAAUGCUCUAUCACCUCCUUUCUCGGAGCCCAACUCAUUCCAUGAUUCUAUGACCUGGAUGACCUUC